GAGCGGCGCUCUGCAGCGGGCGGUGUCAGCAGAAGAAAACGGGCCGGAGCAGCGGAGACAGGCGGACUCAGGGAUCGUUUCACUCGGGUGAUUGUACUGACUUGCACCAGCGGUCCUCAGGUGUCAGUAUGUCGAAAACCGUCAGUGCUGAGGAGAUUGAGGAGAUCAGGGAGGGCUUCCAGAAAGUGGAUGUGGAUGGUAAUGGCUACAUCUGCGCCUCUGAACUCGGGAAUCUCUUCCAAGAGGUGGGCUGUUCUUUGCCUGGAUACCAGAUCAGAGAACUGCUUCAGAGGCUGGACCGAAACAAAGACAGUCACAUCAGUUUUGAAGAGUUCACGGCUAUUUUCCAGGAACUGAAGGAUGACCGCAUGGCCCAGGGUUUCAGGAAAGCGCUCAACAAGAAAGAAGGCAUCGUCGCCAUCGGGGGCACCAGCGAGAGCUCUAGUGAAGGAACUCAACACUCAAUCUCUGAGCAGGAGCGCUUUGCCUUCGCCAACUAUAUCAACUCCUCUAUGGAGAAGGAUCCAGACUGUGCACAUGUUCUGCCCAUCAACCCCAGCACUGAAGCUCUGUUUAAAGCAGUGUCAGACGGCAUCCUGAUCUGUAAACUCAUCAACCUCUCUGUUCCUGACACCAUCGAUGAGAGAACCAUCAACAAAAAGAAGCUCACUCCUUUCACCACACAGGAGAAUCUGAACUUGGCCUUGAAUUCAGCGUCUGCCAUCGGCUGCCAGGUCGUCAAUAUCGGAGCUCAGGAUCUGAAGGAGGGUAAACCUCACCUGGUGCUCGGGCUCCUCUGGCAGAUUAUCAAGAUCGGACUGUUUGCUGAUAUAGAGCUGAGCCGCAAUGAAGCUAUCGCAGCCUUGCUGGAGGAAGGGGAGACUCUGGAGGAGCUGAUGAAACUCAGUCCUGAAGAGCUGCUGCUGCGCUGGGCCAAUUUCCACCUAAAGAAAGUUGGCAUGUCCAUAUCCAACUUUUCUGGAGACAUUAAGGACUCCAAAGCGUAUUUCCACCUGCUUGAGCAGAUCGCUCCAGACGGCAGCAAAGAGGACGCUCCGCGAAUCGAGGUCGAUAUGACUGGUGUCUAUGAGAAGGAUCUCAUGAAGAGAGCAGAGUGUAUGCUCCUACAGGCCGACCGCCUCGGCUGCCGACAGUUUGUGACGGCUACAGAUGUCGUGUGUGGCAACGCCAAGCUCAACAUGGCCUUCGUAGCCACGCUCUUCAACAAACACCCAGCUCUCACCAAACCAGAGAACCAGGACUGGCAUCUGGAGAGUGAGAGCAGAGAGGAGAAAACCUUCAGGAACUGGAUGAACUCUCUCGGAGUCAGUCCUCAUGUUCACCAUAUCUACGGUGAUCUGCAGGAUGCCAUGGUGAUCCUCCAGCUUUAUGAAAGGAUUAAAGUGCCUGUGGACUGGGACCACAGAGUCAACCACCCUCCAUUCAAAGUAAUAGGAGGAGGACAUUUAAAAAAGAUAGAAAACUGUAACUAUGCUGUGGAGCUGGGGAAGAACAAAGCAGGAUUCUCUCUGGUGGGAAUCGGGGGACAGGACCUCUAUGAUGGAAAUGAGACUCUAACUCUGGCACUGGUCUGGCAGCUGAUGAGGAGGUACACUUUGAAUGUUCUUGAAGACCUUGGACAUGGAGAAGUUGCAGGAGAUGAUUUGAUAGUUUCAUGGGUCAAUAAGACGUUGGCUGAGGCUGGAAAGAGUUCAUCCAUCAAAAGCUUUAAGGACAAAUCAAUUGGCACCAGUCUUCCAGUUCUGGACAUCAUUGAUGCCAUCCAGCCAAACAGUGUGAACUAUGAGCUGGUGAAAACGGGAACACUGUCGGACGAAGACAAACUGGACAACGCCAAGUAUGCAGUUUCCAUGGCGAGGAAGAUUGGAGCGAAGGUCUACGCCCUGCCUGUAGAGUUGGUGGAGAUCAACCCCAAGAUGGUGAUGACCAUCUUCGCCUGCCUGAUGGGAAGAGGCAUGAAGAGGGCAUAAAAGACACACACACACACACACACACACACACACACACACACACACACCGCACACACGCACACACGACACACACACACGCUGACCGUUUGCCCGUUUGAAUGAAUGAGACCUGAAGAGAGGGAACACAGAUAUAUAGUCUUGUUCUUUUAAGUGAUUACGCUGCAUUAGCCAAAAAGGAAGAGACACUCUAUUCAUCCGUCAUAACACAGAAAUAGACAUUUGUGUACAUUGUGUACAUUGGUUCAAAGGGAAUGGGAAUUUUUCUUGAAGGAGACAUAUUAUGCUCAUUCAGUCAUCAAUCUGACUGCAGCAUCUGUUCAGCCUCUGUGUGACACUUGGUUUUAGCUCCUCUAAUUGGUCAGCUGGUCCUCUCUGUUGUGAUUGGUCAACCAAUUCCAGCCUCUGUUAAUUGGCUUCUGUCCUUGCUUUACCUGGCUUUGUUAGGAUGGCGUGCCAGACUAGCCGCCGCCUUAUACUUCCCGGGCAUCAUGAUGUCACAUGACCCCUCAGACUCCUGACGAGUGUUUUCUGUGGGGGAGAGGAGCUCCCUUUACCACUGACCUUGGGCUUUUAACUUUUACACACACAAAAAAAAUCUAGAGGAAAAAUGGAAAAAGCACAACAUGUCUACUUUGAUGGUCAGACACUUUGCAGUAAUGUGGUACUUCUGUAAAGUCCAAAGGAAAAAUAUUUGGGGAUUUGGGGUCAUUAUUUCUAGAUCUCAGUUUUCUUUUUGGGCAGCAGAGUCACAAAAUGCUUGUUGAUAUGAAUAUAAGAGUGAAUGUGUUUCUUCAAAUGUAAAAGCUGAUACAUGGGAAACAUUUAGAAACAAUGAUCAGUCAACAUCUCUCUGCCCUGUUGAAAGUAACAAUUCAAGGUAGUCAUGUGUCUGGUUUCUUCCCGAUUGGAUUCCUUCAUUUUCCAUCACACUUGAGAGUUAGGUGCCAGCUAGUUCACAGUAUGAGCAGUUAUUGUACUUAAGCCAUAAUAUUCUUCACUCAAUACCUUUUGGCCUUUUUUAUAUAUGACCGAAGCUGUGCUACAAUACAGACUUUCUACUAAAGACAACAGCAUCAUGGUUUUUUAUUUACAUUUUAAUGUUCAUUACCUUUUCCAUUAAUACUGAAGUAAUCAAAGUAUUGAGUGAAUGAUUAGAUAGAGUAAUGGAUGUAAUAUAUUUGUACUUUCAAGCCAUUUAAAUUAUCUUCUUUAAGGGAAUUUAAUGGGGUUAAGAAAUAUAUAUAAUUUAUCAAAUAACAUGAAAAUCUUCCCUUAACUUGAAUCUCAUUAAGGAUCUUAGUUUCAUGCUGUGUUUUUUUAACCCUUAAAGGUUAUGACAGUGUAUCAUGUAAUAAUCCAAUUAAAACUUAUGAAUAUAAUAGUAUAAUAGUUAAUACAAUAGUAUCCAUUAAUUGACCCCAAAUAUGGAAUGCAUAUCUAAAUUUUAAGGUUAAAUUUAAGUAAGAGAAAAUCCUGUAAUUUAUUACAAUAUAAUAAAGUAUCCAGAAUUUAACCAGAAAUGUGGGUUUAAAAUAGCAGAAUAGAAUCCCUCACAAUGUCAUGCAGUUGAAAAUACUUUAGAACACAAACCAAACCCAACCUUCAACUAAAGGGGAUAAGUGCUCAUUGCUCCUAUUUAAAAAAACAAAUAACUGAAUUUGUUUUGUUGGUCUAUGCAAUUUUUGUUCUUCUUAGAAUUAACACGUCAAAGCUGCUACUACUUAUAACUGAGGAAAAAAAAGAUGUCACCUCUCGUCAGUGUCCUUCCCUCUCAUUUGUGAAAAUGUUGCCUGGAGAUAAUUCCCAGGCUAUUCAUACAGGGACAUGUGAAUUAAAUGAUUCCACUGUCACUGAUUUAAAUAUGAGUUCACUUAUAAAAGCAAAAUCCAAAGACAGAUUUCUUGUCCUGUUUAAAUCAUUUUACAUUUUGUUUAAAUGCUGCAGCUGUAUGUAUGGAUGUGUUGUGAUCAGGUUUGUUGCUGCUGAUGAUUACAUUCCACAGUCAUCAUGUUUUAUUCAAAAUGUUUCUCACUUAAGCAGUUUCCACUCAGCGGUUUAUUCUUACGGGUCAUUUGGAUUUUCACUGUAGGCAAAAGCAAUUGCUUUACAUCCUUGCAAUACUUACAUUCAGUGUGUCCAAUCAGAUCAAUUAUGUUUAAUAAAUGCAUUUUUCCGUAAA